UGGCCCUCCAGCUCUGAGCGUGGCUACUUUGCUCCGACGGUCGCACGCGACACCAGGGAAUGAAUGGUUGUUUGAGAGCGUGAAAUAUCGCGGCUUGUAAGAAAUACGUCUGCAGUCAUGGGUCGUGCCAGAAAAUCCAGCAAUCUCGGAGAGGAUAUCCGCGGCGAUACGAGUGCGCCUGCGAUCUCGACGAUGAAUGAGACGGCCCCGGCAGAUUUUAACGGAGCUGCUAAGGAUCGAACCUCUGUGGAAAAGACAACCUCCAAGGGACACUCGAAACGCCGCAAGAACCGAUCGGUGCUCCAUCGCUUCAAGGACCAAUGCCUCAAGCACACAUGGCUGCUGCCGCUUCUGAUGCUGGUGGUUCUGCUGUCGGCGUAUGCGGUGAACCCGACGCCUUCGAACCCACUGCACAGUGCCAUCUUCUUGUCGUACCCGCAACCCCCGAAGACCCCCGGCGGCCCUGUCAUGUACGGCAAGGGCCCCAAGGAUAUCACGUUUGUCGCGUUCUACACCAUUGUUCUUUCGUUCACGCGCGAGUUCCUCAUGCAGCGGGUGAUCAAGCCGUGGGCGGUCUACUGCGGGAUCCGGAGCAAGGGCAAGAUGGCAAGGUUUAUGGAGCAGGUCUACACAGCCAUGUACUUCAGCAUCUUCGGCCCGCUUGGCCUGUACGUGAUGAGUCGCACGGAUAUCUGGUACUUCAACACGCGCGCGAUGUUCGAGGGGUUCCCGCACCGCGAGCACGAGGCGGUCUUCAAGGCAUACUACUUGCUGCAGGCCAGUUACUGGGCCCAGCAGGCGAUUGUCCUAAUUCUGCUGCUGGAGAAGCCCCGUAAGGACUUCAAAGAGCUAGUCGGGCACCACAUCAUCACGCUCGCCCUGAUCGCGCUCAGCUAUCGCUUCCACUUCACGUACAUGGGGAUCGCGGUCUAUAUCACCCACGACAUCUCGGAUUUCUUCCUUGCGACCUCCAAGACCCUCAACUACCUCGACUCCAUCAUCACCGCGCCGUACUUUGGCAUGUUUGUCUGCGCGUGGAUCUACCUGCGCCACUUCCUCAACCUGAAGAUCCUGUGGGCUGUGCUGACCGAGUUCCGGACGGUGGGACCCUUCGAGUUGAACUGGGAGACGCAGCAGUACAAAUGCUGGAUCAGUCAGAUCAUCACCUUUGCCCUACUGGCCAGCUUGCAGGCCGUCAACCUCUUCUGGCUCUUCCUGAUCCUGCGCAUUCUCAAGACCUACGUCUUCUCCAACAUCCGGAAGGACACGAGAAGUGACGACGAAGACGAGGACGAAGAAGAAGAGGACGAAGAGGACGAAGAAGAAGGGCAGCAGGAAUCUGCCCAAGAGAACAACCGUGCCUCGCUGGCCACAGGCGCAGAAACCCGGUCCUCGGCCACGAAGCGCGAGACCGGCAAGGAAAACCAGGCGCCGCAGGUGCUCGUCAAUGGCGAGCCGGUAACCUACCAGGCCCCGAUGACACGCAGCAAAAAGCAGCUGUAAUGUUGCCAUGAAACUUAUGCGCAGGGUGGACCUGGACCUGGACCUGGACUAGCUAUGGGGGAAAGCUUAAGAGUCUGAGCCCUUCACCGUGACCAUAUUUAUACGGUAGUUUCCCCUCCUUUUGUUUUCUCUCUUUUCGCAGAGGAUGCCUUACGAACUUUCUAAGAUCAUACUUGAAGAGAAAAAGGUCCCUUCUCAAAACUGUAUCUAACGUUGAUCAUGUGGGAAGGUUUUCGAGGGACAAUUUGCCCCCCUCUCCCCGUUCUUCUUUUCCUUUCUUCUUCUAAUG